AUGGCUACUGUGCGUGAUUGUGAAGAGGUAUACAAUAUCAUUCCGAUCCACGAUUUCUUGAGGGAACACCCGUCGCUUCAUUACCCGGAGGUUCGAGCGGCGGCAGCGGCACUUAAAGUAGUUGGAGACCUCCCGAAACCGCCGUUCGUCGAUUUCACACCUAGCAUGGAUUUGAUGGACUGGCUCAGGCUUCUCUUCGGUUUCCAAUUCGACAACGUUCGGAAUCAGAGAGAGAAUCUCGUCCUCCACUUAGCGAACUCCCAAAUGCGGCUCCAACCUCCACCACGUCAUCCUGACGGCCUCGAUCCCACUGUUCUCCGUCGUUUUCGGAGGAAGCUGCUCCGUAACUACACCAAUUGGUGCUCUUUCCUUGGGGUGAGAUGCCACGUCACCAGCCCAACCCAUAGCCGUCAUCAAACCAACAUCGUUUUGAAUCUCCGACGAGAGCUUCUCUAUGUAGCUCUGUAUCUACUGAUUUGGGGAGAAUCCGCGAAUCUCCGGUUUAUGCCAGAGUGUCUAUGCUACAUAUUUCACCACAUGGCUAUGGAGCUCAACAAAGUUCUUGACGGAGAGUUUGAUGAUAUGACCGGAAUGCCUUAUUGGCCUUCCUUCUCCGGUGAUUGCGCCUUCCUCAAGAGCGUGGUUAUGCCGAUUUACAAGACGAUUAAGACAGAGGUUGAGAGUAGCAACAAUGGGACGAAGCCACACUCUGCCUGGAGAAAUUACGACGACAUUAACGAGUAUUUCUGGAGCAAGAGGGCCAUCAAGAGCCUUAAAUGGCCUCUUGAUUACACCAGUAACUUUUUCGACACCACACCCAAAAGCAGUAGAGUAGGGAAGACAGGAUUUGUGGAGCAGAGAUCAUUUUGGAAUAUCUUUAGAAGCUUUGAUCGGUUAUGGAUUUUACUGCUUCUCUACUUGCAAGCUGCUAUUAUCGUUGCUACAAGUGAUGUUAAGUUUCCUUGGCAAGACCGUGAUGUGGAGGUUGCAUUAUUGACCGUUUUCAUCUCCUGGGCGGGAUUGAGGUUGCUCCAGUCUGUGCUCGACGCUAGUACACAAUAUAGUUUGGUGAGCAGAGAAACGUUCUGGCUUUUCGUCAGGCUAAUUUUGAAGUUCUUUGUGGCUGCAACGUGGACAGUUUUGUUUUCGGUCUUCUACGCAAGGAUUUGGAGCCAGAAAAAUAAGGAUGGUGGUUGGUCCCGAGCUGCAAACGAGAGGAUAGUCGUGUUUCUUAAGGUAGUUUUUGUGUAUGUUAUGCCUGAGAUGUUAGCGCUUGUGCUAUUUAUUGUUCCCUGGAUAAGGAACUGGAUCGAGGAGCUGAAUCUUGGACUUGUGUACUUUCUAACAUGGUGGUUCUAUAACAAGACUUUUGUUGGUCGUGGGAUGAGGGAAGGCCUAGUGGACAAUAUUAAGUAUUCAAUUUUCUGGGUUGUUGUAUUGGCCACUAAAUUCACAUUCAGUUACUUCUUACAAAUCAGGCCAUUAAUUGCUCCGACCAGGGCACUACUGAACUUAGAAAAUGCAACAUACAAUUGGCAUGAGUUUUUUGGCAGCACUCACAGAAUAGCGGUAGGGAUGCUUUGGCUCCCUGUUCUAUUGGUUUACCUAAUGGAUUUGCAGAUUUGGUACUCGAUCUACUCAUCCCUUGUAGGUGCAAUAAUUGGUCUUUUUUCCCACUUGGGGGAAAUCCGGAACAUUGAUCAGUUGAGACUUAGAUUUCAGUUCUUUUCAGGUGCUAUGCAGUUUAACCUUAAACCUGAAGAGCAUCUCCUUAGCCCUAAAGCUACUGUUCUUAAGAAAGUACGUGAUGCUAUUCACCGGCUCAAGUUGCGGUAUGGAAUUGGUCAGCCUUUCAACAAGAUUGAAUCUAAUCAAGUUGAAGCGACUUGGUUUGCCUUGUUAUGGAAUGAGAUAAUCCUCACAUUUAGGGAGGAAGACCUGAUCAGUGACAGGGAAGUUGAGCUACUUGAGUUGCCGCCAAAUUGUUGGAAUAUUCGGGUUAUUCGUUGGCCGUGUUUCCUCCUUUGCAAUGAGCUCCUACUUGCCCUAAGCCAAGCAAAUGAGCUUGGUGAUGCUCCUGAUCACUGGCUUUGGUCGAAGAUUUGUAGCAGUGAGUAUAGGCGUUGUGCUGUUAUGGAAGCUUUUGAUAGCAUCAGAUAUGUGAUUCUUAAAAUUGUCAAAAAUGGCACAGAGGAAGAAUCUAUACUGAAUAGGUUGUUCGCGGAAAUUGACGAAAACGUGGAAAACGGAAAGGUAACUGUGGUAUUUAAAUUGUCAGUUCUACUUCGGAUUCAUGAAAAGCUAAUAUCACUUCUUGAGCGUCUGAUGGACCCAGAAAAGAAAAUAUUCAGGAUUGUGAAUAUACUGCAAGCUCUGUAUGAACUCUGCGCAUGGGAAUUUCCAAAAAUUAGGAGGAGCACUCAGCAGUUAAGGCAGCUUGGCUUGGCGCCCAUUAGUUUGGAUGCAGAUACCGAAUUGCUGUUUGUCAAUGCCAUUAAUCUCCCUCCUCUUAAUGAUGUUGUCUUUUAUAGGCAGAUUAGGCGGGUCCAUACGAUUCUUACUUCCAGAGAUCCAAUGCAUAAUGUGCCCAAGAAUCUUGAGGCCAGAGAGCGUCUUGCUUUCUUUAGCAACUCUCUUUUUAUGAAUAUGCCCCAAGCUCCUAGUGUAGAAAAAAUGAUGGCUUUCAGUGUGUUAACUCCUUACUAUGAUGAGGAAGUAAUGUAUCGACAAGAAAUGCUCCGAGCAGAGAAUGAAGAUGGAAUUUCCACCCUUUUCUACCUUCAAAGAAUAUAUGAAGAUGAAUGGGUGAAUUUUGUGGAGCGGAUGCGUAGAGAGGGAGUGGAGAAUGAGAAUGAUAUUUGGUCAAAGAAAGUUAGAGAUCUUCGCCUCUGGGCUUCGUAUAGGGGACAAACAUUGUCCAGAACAGUGCGAGGGAUGAUGUAUUAUUAUAGUGCCUUGAAGAAGCUUGCCUUUCUUGAUUCUGCUUCUGAAAUGGAUAUCACGAUGGGAACUCAGAUUGCUCCUGAGCCACGCCGUUCUUACUACACAAGUGAUGGUGGGGAUAACACACUGCAACCAACACACUCUCAGGAAAUUAACAGAAUGGCUAGUGGUAUAAGCCAUUUGUUUAAAGGGUCCGAGUAUGGGAGUGCUAUGAUGAAGUUCACGUAUGUUGUGGCAUGCCAAGUUUAUGGGCAACAUAAAGCAAAAGGGGACCAUAGAGCUGAAGAGAUCUUGUUCCUGAUGAAAAAUCAUGAGGCUCUUCGCAUAGCAUAUGUUGAUGAGGUUGACUUGGGAAUGGGUGAGGUCGAGUUCUACUCAGUUCUUGUGAAAUUUGAUCAACACCUUCAGAGAGAGGUGGAGAUCUAUCGCAUCAGACUACCAGGGCCCUUGAAGCUUGGCGAAGGAAAACCAGAAAACCAAAACCAUGCUAUAAUAUUUACACGAGGUGAUGCGAUUCAAACAAUUGAUAUGAAUCAAGAUAAUCAUUUUGAGGAGGCGCUUAAGAUGAGGAAUUUGUUGGAAUCUUUCAAGAAUCACUAUGGCAUUAGGAAGCCUACUAUUCUUGGAGUCCGUGAGAAAGUUUUUACUGGUUCAGUAUCUUCACUCGCAUGGUUCAUGUCUGCUCAAGAAACAAGUUUUGUGACUCUUGGACAGCGUGUUCUUGCCAACCCGCUGAAAGUGAGGAUGCAUUAUGGUCAUCCUGAUGUAUUUGAUCGGUUUUGGUUCGUCCCUCGGGGUGGAAUUAGCAAGGCCUCAAGAGUGAUAAAUAUCAGUGAAGAUAUAUUUGCUGGAUUCAAUUGCACUUUAAGAGGUGGAAACGUGACUCAUCAUGAAUACAUCCAAGUAGGCAAGGGAAGAGAUGUGGGUUUAAAUCAGAUAUCUAUGUUUGAAGCAAAAGUAGCCAGUGGUAAUGGCGAGCAAGCAUUAAGCAGAGACGUUUAUAGGUUGGGUCACAGGCUGGAUUUCUUUAGAAUGCUCUCUUUCUUCUACACAACAGUUGGCUACUAUUUCAACACAAUGUUGAUAGUAUUUACUGUUUAUGCAUUCUUGUGGGGUCGGCUUUAUCUAGCGCUUAGUGGUGUUGAGAAAAUAGCCAAAGAUAGGAGUAGCAGCAAUGAAGCUCUUGGUGCAAUCUUGAAUCAGCAAUUUAUUAUUCAGUUAGGACUUUUCACUGCACUUCCAAUGAUUCUUGAAAACUCGUUGGAGCGUGGAUUUCUUCCACACCGUGCCACUGGAAGAGGUUUUGUGGUGGAACAUAAGAAAUUUGCUGAAAACUACAGAUUGUAUGCUCGAACUCAUUUCAUCAAGGCUAUUGAGCUCGCGGUUAUCUUGUUGGUGUAUGCGGCUUAUAGCCCAUUGGCUAAGAGCUCGUUUGUUUACAUACUAAUGACGAUUUCGAGCUGGUUCCUUAUUACAUCUUGGAUGAUUUCUCCAUUUCUGUUUAACCCAUCUGGUUUCGAUUGGCUCAAAACAGUGUAUGAUUUUGACGAUUUCAUGAAUUGGCUAUGGUCCAGAGGCGGGUUGUUUACCAAAGCAGAUCAGAGCUGGUUUACGUGGUGGAACGAAGAACAAGAGCAUCUGAAAACAACCGGAGUUUGGGGAAAACUGCUUGAGAUUAUACUUGAUCUUCGGUUCUUCUUUUUCCAGUAUAGCAUCGUGUACCAUCUUCGCAUUGCAGAUAACCGGACCAGCAUUGGUGUAUACUUGGUUUCUUGGGGAUGCAUUAUUGGGAUUGCUGCAAUAUAUAUCACAACAAUCUAUGGUCAGAAAAAAUAUUCUGUCAAGGAGCAUAUCAAAUACAGAGUCAUUCAGUUCUUAGUUAUAUGUCUCACCGUCCUUGUGGUCGUGCUGAUGUUGCAGUUCACAAAACUUACAUUUGUUGAUUUGCUGAUAAGUCUCUUGGCUUUUAUCCCUACGGGCUGGGGACUGAUUUCCAUAGCUCAAGUACUAAGACCGUUUCUGAUAUCAACAGUGGUUUGGGACACAGUGAUCUCGGUUGCUCGCCUUUACGACUUGUGCUUUGGGUUGAUAGUUAUGGCUCCAGUUGCCAUGUUUUCUUGGUUGCCCGGUUUUCAGAAUAUGCAAACUCGGAUUUUGUUCAAUGAAGCCUUUAGCAGAGGCCUGCAGAUUUCUAUCAUUCUUGCUGGCAAAAAAUCCACUUGAAGCAAAUAUUAUUGGGGGUUCUUUGAUUUUAUGAAGAUCAAAUAUUCUAAGAAGGGUUACAUAUUUUGGGAGCUUUUAAGUCGACGUUAUCUAUCUCUCUGGCAGAAAAAAAAAUCCACUUGGAGCACUAUGGUCUUUGAAGCAGAGCAUCCCUAUCUAGAUAUUUAAAACCAUCAUUAGUGUUGGUGUUUUGGUAAUGAGUUCUUUAAAUUAUUACGUCUUUUCCUUUUCUUUUGUUUUUAAUAUCAUUGAUGUUUAAGUCUUUUUCCCUUUCGUAAUUGGAUUCCUAUUAGCCUCAGGUCAGUGUUAGCGGCUAUAUAAAAGAUCCAUUACUUUGUGUUU